CCGGGAUCCGCAGCUCCUCUGUCAGACCUUUCGCCUGACUGCCAUUUGGCGAUCGCCAGUUUCACGGCUGACUGCAGGCAUCUGCAAGGUUUGGCAACCCAAUAAUUGCACGAAGCCGCUAUGGCUAUUGCCAAAUUAGUCGUUUUUGCUUCUUUGCCCGGCUCCGAGAAUGUCGUCCGAACGUCCCCUGGGCUUGAUCUUUUGGUGCCACUUGAUGCCAUGCCAAUAUGCCAUUGCCACUGCCCAAGACAAUACCAAGCCCGAUGAUUAUCUUGGUCCGAGACCACAACCAAUGCCUGCACGCCUUGUCAGGAAGGGGCCGUCGUUGCGGGCCCAGGGUGUGCACACCAAAAGCUUAAAUCCAUCGUCAUCGAGAUACCCGACGGGUUGCAGCCCUCCCUGGGCGGGUACGGGCAAGGGCGGUGGACUUCGGUUGGCUAGCCGCCGAUCAGAUGCCGACCCCCAGCAGACUCUCUGGUCGUGCGUGGCUGGUGGGUGGCCGCAAGUGCGGUCGGAAUUGAGUUCAACACUAAGGCUCGUUCGGGGAGAAGCGUGGGAUGGGAAACGUCUAGUUUGGAACCAUGGUUCGCUUCAAGCUCCCCCACCCAUUGAAUGGGUAAGACAAACUCGCUCAGAUCAAGUUCGACGACCGGAGGAGCAGUUCGACGGAUACGGAUCGCGGGGUACGUAUGUUGUGUUUGGACUUUUGUGCAACUCACGACAAGCCCCGAGAAUGUUGUGGUCUGUGGGCGACGGCGACACGCGGCCCUGAGGACGACGCCCGCGACGGACGAAAAGCACAGUGGGGGUUCAAUGAGUUCAGCUGGUUGGGCCACUGAGUAUCUCUCUUUCAGCCUCAUGUUGCUGAAUUCGGCCACUGUACCGACAAAUUUAUCGGCAACGUGCAUGCCACAUGCAUGUCCGCACAGAAAUCGGGUUCUUCUGCCAGUGCCAACUCCUUUAAGUUUGCUUUGGAAAUUGAAGUCCAUUCGCGCCACGACUGCCGCCCGUGCUUGCUUAUCUCUCCAUGCGAGAGUGAUGAUCCGCGCCUGCCCUCGUGGACCAAGGCACCCCUUUUCUAGGGAAGGAACGGCCAAGAAAUCACGCUGCGACUUCCGUCAGACUGACUUCAAGUGCGCCCACACCUGCGUGCUGCAGCUACCCUACCUU